AUGGAAACGACGUUUUUUAAAGGUUAUUUUUCUUUUGUUUAUUUUUCUUAUAAUUUGCUCGAAACGCUUGCCGAGCUUUAUGAAGGCACAUAAGUAAGGCUCAGGAUCAGAAAAGGUUCAAAAAAAGAUAACUUUUCUGAAGUGGUACCGAUUUUUGCACCUCUAGAACUCCCGAGCAAACUAUAAUCAUCAAAAUUUGGACGUUUUCGUUUGUGCGCCAAAAUAAGUUAGUAUUUAUUUGAAAGGUGAAGCGAAGGUGCGAAAUUUAGGUUUUUUUUGAAUGAGAGGUGCUACAGGUCCUUUCUUCGGCCACACAAUUUCAUGGCCAACGAACAUCCGAAGUUUCUCCGACGACGCCUUUCUUCUGGUCGACCCUCACCACGUCAUCAAUUUGUGCACUGUUCACAACUCGAUUGAGGCUCCUGACAAGACCGAGGGUGUGAUAACUUUUUCGUUCCCAACCUGAAGACUUGACCUUGUUAUGCUUUUUCUUAAGAAGAACGAAAUUCGGGCACAAAACUUCACUCGAGCUGUGCACAAGAAAAUGAGAAGAAAAGCGAAAAAAGGCCUUUCACAACGUCCAUUCGCCAGGAAGAGAAGCGAAAAAAUGUUGAGGUUCAUCAUAUACUUUUAAAAGCUAGGAAAAUGAUUUACAAUCACGAAAAAUAGUGUAAACUUGCACAGUCUCAAGGCACUUUAAUUAUGAUUUUUUUUCAGAGCCAAAAAGUUAAACCUUAUUGUGGACCCAGGAAAAGCAAAAAGAAAGGCUUCCGUGAGCAAAAGGUACUUUUUAUUCGGAACCCCAACAACCACUUAACACCACUUACAGUAUGUCUGUGACAUUUGCGAGGCGGCAUUCACCCUGAGACACAACGUUCAAGCUCAUCUCCUCACUUUCCACAUCAAGUCUCGGCACAGAAUGCCGACAGCUCAACCAGACGUGGAGGUCAGUUUUCUGAAUAAACCCUCCACAUCUUCAACAGUCUCGAAGUAAUAUUCUAUUUCGAGCUUUGCGGGAGAGAUUUCCAUAGUGCAACCUCACCCAGUCUUCAUUAAAAAGCUCUUAAUCAAGCACAUUCCUCUGACGUCUUCUCAUUAUCUUCGCGCUGGAAGACCAAUUCCAGGAAACUAAGGAAAUGUUCCAAUGAUUGCCGUGAGCUCUCCAUGGUAACAUUGUGGCAUUUCAAUCGGCCUGCAUCCCGCCAGCUGCCUCGGCCUUUUUUUUAUCACUCUUCUUUUGGACUCUCCUCCGUCGCUUCAAUCAUCGCGUUCUUUAUUUUUCUUUUUUCAUGUUCUUUUGAGGGUUUCUACUUUCAUUCAACUUCAAUCUAAAAGCCAGCUCUUUGCGACUCAAAAAAUUGGAAAUUUAAGGAAAUGGAAAUAAUAUAUAAAUCAUACUCCAUUAGAACUACUUUCUGAAAAGGCUUUCCAAAAUUCCGAUUUUGCUUUCUCAUUUAUGAAAUUUUCUUACUUUAUUUUUUAGCUGUUAUUUUGAUAAAUUUUUUUCUCCUAACUUUAUUCAAACGAAAUACGUCAAAGUUAUCACUCAGAAAGCUACCUGAAUAGAAAAAAUGAUUCUGUUUGGCGAAAAGUUUAACAACAUUUUCGAAAUGAAAAAACUUUGCGUCGUUUUUUCUAAUCAUCUUGAACCGAAAUCACGCAGAAAAUUUCUGCAUCUAGUUAAGAAAAAAAAAGAUAAAUGUUUUCCUUGUUUGAACUCCUUAUCGCUUCUAGUUUUUCGAAUUUUCUGAACAUUGUUUUUUUCCAAUGUGAAUGUCUUUUACUCCAAUUUUUCGAAAAACAACACCACUGAGCACAUUUCACGAGUAACUCGGCCACUUGCAGGAGUUUGCAUGAUAAAUAAUCCCUACUACUUUGCUCAUAUGCUUCAACAAAUCGCAGCAAAUGCGGCGCUUCCGUCGCGCAAUCUGGACGAUCAGAAGACGUCGCCGACUCCAAACAAAACGCCUCCGGCGGUGCUUCGUUCGUCGUGUCCAGUGCAUGACCGCAAACGACGCAACCUCGAGAGUCGCAUAAGUAUUCUGAAAAACCGCAAGUCGAUCUUCAACCUCACAAUCGUAUCGCCCGACGACGAAAUGGAAGUCAUAGAUGAAGGCGUUGCUUGGCGUCCAGAAGGAUAUGUUGAGCCGCCGUCCAAAGUUCCGGUUACUGUCGUUCCAUCUAGACCACAGAAGGUGGAUAUUAUGUCGAAAAAAAAACAGUCGCUAUACAUGUGGGACUGUAAGCCUUUCAAAAUAUUUUAGCUAAAUUCUCCACAAUAAGUGUUCUCAUUUCAGGACGCCGAGGUCAUCACAGCUCGUCGUCGAACACCCAAGAAAGCGACCGAGGAACGACCGGCGCCGCGAAAACCUCGAAACAGAAAAGCGACAACAUCGAAGAGCUAG